CGUAAACAAAGGAUUACUGAAUUUUGCAAAUCGGUUUUAAGUUGUAGGCAUUGUAUAUCACCAUUUAUUUUAUUACUAUUGUAUUUCAUAUUAAUUAUAUAUUUAGUAAAAGUAAUUAUAAAAUGGAGUUCGAAGAUAAUAUUAGCCCGGUAAUUGCUUUAAAUGAUUUUGCACGAGAAAGAAAGGAAGAUGUUCCAGAUAUUCCUCCAAAAAGCUCAAAAAUAUCUAAUUUAGAUAUAUUUUUACUGAUACUAUCGAUUAUCACACAUUGUACAGAUUUCUUUAUUGAUAUUAAUCUUGUAGUUCAAUAUUACUUGAACAAUAAAUUACAAAUGUUUGCGUGGACCAUAAGUUUAAUAAUGAUUCCAUCUUUUAUUAAUACAAUAGUCAGCGUACAAAUGUAUCAUCAAGAUGAAGAGAACAAUACACAGAAUAAGUGUACAAGAGGCAAAACAUUUUUCAAGAAAAUGGGACAAGUUAUUGUUGUAUUACUUAUAGUAGUAUUACAAUUUACCAUGGCUUACAGAUGCUUCCUUAGCUUAAAAUAUGCUAUUCAAUCGCGCAAUUGUAAAAGAAAAGAUGAUAAAGUGGGACAAAGAAAGUACUUUAUUAAAAUGUUGAAAGAAGAACAAGAUAUUGCACUUCUUAGAGUUUUAGAGUGCUUCAUUGAAGCAGCACCACAACAAAUUUUACAGUUAUCUAUUUUUGUACAAGAUUACUACGGUGAAUUUAGUAUUAUGACUUUACAUCAAAUCAUUAGUAUUAUUAGUUCGUUCAUUAGUUUGGCAUGGGCAAUGGUUAGUUAUCAUCGUGGUAUUCGACUUGCCCAAGUGGAUAAAAAAAAUAUUAAUUUUGCUGGAUCUGUACUUCAGUUUCUAUGGCACUUAUUUAUUACCACUUCACGAAUAGCAUCUGUAGCAGCAGUAGCAAUUUUUUCAACUUUCUGUGUUAUAUUGGCUUGCUUUUUUCAUUGGAUUGGAAUGACAAUAUGGAUUAUUAUGGAAUCUCGCGGUUUAAUUGUAUUUUGUCAAGAUCCAAAUCGAGCUCCACAUUUGCCUCGUACAAUAAUAGAACGAAUUAAAUCAAUAUUAUUUACUUGUGUGCUUGGAUUCAUUUAUAUUUUCAUUUAUUUGAAUCCCGAUGAUUCUGGUACAUACACAAAGCAUCUGUUUUAUUAUACAGUAUGUUUAUUGGAGAAUAUUUCAGCGAGCAUUUUAAUACUUCUAAGUGUGCCUAGUAAUAUUGAUAUUGUAUGGUAUCAUUAUUUAAUAUCUGCUACUUGUAUAAUAUCAUUUAUAAUAGGUGUAAUUAUUAUGAUAUUUUAUUAUUUAAAAUUUCAUCCAUCGAUGAAACAUCAUACAUUCUAUUUUUCAAAAUUUCUAAGGUUAAGAUAA